AUGUUUUCAACAACUAAUGUAAAUCCAUCAGUAGUAUCAACUUCUGCCGUUGUUCAUCCUAAUUAUCAAAUAAUGAAUACACCAAAUAAUCAUCAUACAUUUGUUUCAUCGUCUUCAACAAAUCCUUCUUGGCAUUUAACAGCUCCGACAUCAUCGGCUGUUUCAAAAAUCAAUAAAAAUUCAUCAACAUAUUAUAUUACAACACAACCAUCAUCAACACCGAAUAAUAUUAUUCGUCAGUCUUCACAAACAGUACAUCUCGUCUCACCAUCCUAUACAUUAAUCAAUAAUAGUAAUACAACAAUAACUGGACAAGGUCCAACAAUAUCAAAUUUAAAUAAUAAUAAUAAUAAUAAUUUUCAAACGGGUACUUGUAUUGAUAAAUCUACACUUGGACGAUUAGCGACAUCAACAAUUCAACGACAAAUAAUUUUAGAAAAUGUCGAAGAAAAGACAAAUGACAUUGAUACACAAAAUAAUCAACAAGAUCCUGAAAUAGAAUUAUUUGUAAAUAAUAUUGUUUGUUCAUUUGCACUUGGUUGUAAAUUGAAUCUACGGAAAAUUGCUAUGGAAGCAGCGAAUGUUAUUUAUAAACGUGGCAAUGCUAUGCUAUUGAUGAAGAUGCGAAAUCCAUAUUGUUCAGCCAACCUUUGGUCAUCGGGCAAAGUGACAGUGACAGGAACAACGAGUGAGGUUGAUGCACAACGUGCGGCACGACGUGUUGCUCGAUGCUUACAACGACUCGGAUUCAACACCAAAUUUCGAAACUAUCGUAUUGUCAACUGUCUUGCAACGUGUUCAAUGCCAUGGACAAUUGAUAUUGUUAAACUAAGUCGUUUGUAUUCUGAAUGUGUCAGUUAUGAACCUGAAAUUCAUCCAGGUGCUACAGUCAGAUUGAACAAUAGAGCCGUUCUCAAAGUUUUUACCACUGGAAGUGUGACAUUGACAGCACCAUCUGUUGAUGUUAUCAAUACGGCAAUGGCAUUAUUUAUGCGAAAAUGUUUAGGCAUUUCCACUAUAGGAAAGCAGUUUGGAACAUGUUUAUAUCGACGAUUGAGUAUGACACCAUUAUCAACUAGUAUAUCUUCUUCGAUUGGAUACGAACCUAUUAAUUUUCGAAUACCUUUACCUCGUCAGUUACCUUCUUCACAAUCAACACCAAUGCCUACUACACUUCCAACAUCUAUCAUAUCAUCCAAUACAAUAACUAUACUAGAUAAAUGUUCUUUAUAUGAUGAUCUUCUUUAUUAUGAUUGUCCAUCGAAUAGAAAUGAAAAAGUUCAAUGCGCUUGGACAUCAACAAAUUAUCGUUAUAAACGUCAAAGACGUGUACGAAAUCAUCCAAGUCGUUUAACAAAUACUGUUAAAUAUCGUUCACGUCGUAUGCGUUUACAUCAUAGAAAGAAAUGGUUAAAAAAAUUUAAAUAUGAUUUACUUAAAAAAUUACGUGAAAAAAUAAAACGUCGAGGUAAAUUAUUUGAAAUGGAAAAUUCAAUAAUACUUGGUAAAGCUGAUCAAUUUAAUGCUGAAUAUUAUGUUAAACGUGAAUUAGAAAAAGCAAAAUUUUAUGGUUAUCAUGUCUCACCUACAUAUGAUCAAAUACGUGAUGAUAUUAAUAGACUUAAAAUUGAAUAA